CAAUACAACAGAUGAGCAUGAGUGAGAAUCAAAAAAACCAAAACGGUGAAGUAAAGCAAGAGAAGCCUGAUGCAAACCAUGGCGGCAAUAGUGGUGGAUCGCAGGAAACCACUCGGCAGGAUAGUAUCGAAAGGAUUAUGCUCCGCAAACAGAAGGUUUACCAGCUACCAAGGAAUCAAAAGCUUACGAAGCUUUCGAUGUACUCUUCUUGCCAAGCAAAUGAAUGCCGCUGCAGUGGUUGGAAAACACCGGAAGAAAAUCGCCACAAAGACGUCGAGGUGGAUUAUUGUCCCGAUUUCGCAGAGGAGUGUCGAAAUCCGAACUGCAAACAUAGCCUAGAGACACACAUUCAGCACUUGGGAGAUAUCACCGAGGAACAGAUGAACGAGCUGCUGGGAGCUAUAGUUGAUGUGGAAAAUCUGUACAUGAGCAUGCUCCGUGAGUCGGAUACUGAUACGAAGAAGGUUUAUGCUUACCUAUUCCGUUUGCUGCGACAAUGCAUUUUGACGCGAACGCAGGCAGUUAUCAGAGGCCCAUUAGGAGAUCCUCCGUUCGAACAACCGUCGAUUUCGAAAGCUGUCACCAACUUCGUACUUCACAAAUAUGGCCACCUACAUCAAGCUGAACUGGAUUCGAUGACAGAUGUAGCCAAAACGUUUCUCCAUUGUCUGAAUCAUUGGAACUUUGAAGCUCCGAGCGCACGGCAGGAUUUAGUUAAUCAAGAAGACGUUUCGAAUUAUAAGAUUAACUACACACGUUGGUUGGUGUUUUGCCAUGUACCGGCUUUCUGUAGUUCCCUUCGUCACUUUGAAACGUCAAUCGUUUUCGGUCGUACACUGUUGAAAGCCGUCUACCAGUACGUGUAUCAGCAGCUGCUGAUGCGUUGUAAAAUUGAACGUGACCGUAUGCCUCCGGAAAAGCGAAUUAUGCUGACACAGUUACCCAAAUUCCUCGAGGCACUCAAGCAGGAGGUGGUGAACGAAGAUUCUCCCAUCUGGUCUCAGAACUUUAAACCCUCAGCUUCACUCUUGCUGCACAAAGCCAAACGCCAGCAUGAAGGACCAUCAUCUUUGGCUGGAACUGGUAAGAAACUGGGUGAAGCUAAGCGCUACAAAAAGGAAUCGGACUGUGAAGAUCUUUCCGACGACGUGGUGGCCCGGGCUUUGAAGCGUAUCAACGACUCGAACUAUUCCAGCCGGGCCGAGGUAGUUUUUCCUCCAAAUGCCCCACGCGAUGAAGCCGCUAAGGCGGAAGAGAAUCGACGGGAAAUCGAGUUUCACGUUGUUGGAAAUUCACUUACCAAGGCUGUGACGAAGCAAUCGAUGCUCUGGUUACUUGGAUUGCACAGCGUUUUCGCUCAUCAGCUGCCUGGAAUGCCUAGAGAGUACAUCAGCCAACUAGUGUUCGAUCCGAAACACAAAACACUGGCCUUGAUAAAAGAGGGUCGUCCGAUAGGAGGAAUCUGCUUCCGGACAUUCGUAUCGCAAGGCUUUACAGAAAUCGUUUUCUGUGCCGUUACUAGCAGUGAACAGGUUAAGGGAUAUGGUACCCAUCUUAUGAAUCAUCUGAAAGAUUAUAGUACUCAACGGGGCAUAAAACAUUUUCUCACAUACGCCGACGAGUUUGCGAUCGGAUACUUCAAGAAGCAGGGAUUUUCCAAAGACAUAAAAGUAGCACGCCAUGUUUAUGCUGGAUUCAUCAAAGAGUAUGAAGGUGCGACGCUUAUGCACUGUGAGCUCCAUCCCAGUUUGAUCUACACACAGUUCAGUUCUGUUAUACGAAAGCAAAAAGAGAUCGUGAAGGAACUCAUCACCCAGCGUCAGCAAGAAGUACAAAAGGUGCAUCCAGGGUUGACCUGUUUCAAGGAAGGUGUCCGAAGUAUACCGAUAGAAUCGAUACCCGGUCUGCGGGAAGUAGGAUGGCGACCGACUUUCCGAGCACAGCGAACUGCUCGCCCACUAGAGGAAUCGGCUGACCCGGAUAAAUUAGCCAACUCGCUGAGUGGAGUGUUACUUGCCGUUCGGCAGCAUACAGCUGCGUGGCCUUUCUUGAAACCGGUCAAUCAAGUGGAAGUACCGGACUAUUAUGAUCACAUUAAAUAUCCAAUGGAUCUCAAAACCAUGACGGAACGUUUGAAAAACAAGUAUUACGUCACCAGACGGUUGUUCAUGGCUGAUAUGGCCCGAAUUUUUACUAAUUGUCGACUCUACAACUCACCAGAAACGGAAUACUAUCGCUGUGCCAACACUCUCGAACGGUACUUUCAAACUAAAAUGAAAGAAAUCGGUCUGUGGGAUAAAUGAUGUCCACUGAACAAUCCCGAUAGAGGAACAAUGCAACCAACCUGCCAAGAAGAUGAUGAAGACGAGGAUAACAAUCAGGACGAUAAUGAUAACGGAAAUGAUGAAGGCGAUGACGACACAAGUGUUAGCACCGUAGAAGACGCUGUACCUACCGGUGGUAACAAAAAGGAUAGCGCUCAAUGUUCACCCAGUUUAGUGGGUGAGCAUCGGAGAACUUACAAAAAGUGCAUUGCCAAUGAUGACCGACGGUACGACUUUCAAUCGUAUGGAACUAUUUACAGCAAAUCGGAUGCAAAGAGUAAUUAUGGAAGAAAGAGUGUACCAGGUGCCAUUGGUGCACCACGCCACGUUGCGAUUUCGAUCGCAGGUCCAGCUGGACCCGGAACUCUGGGAAAGGAAGACAUAGUGGUUGGUUUGGACAGCGACAACAUCGGAACCGAAAGAGUUGCCAUUGGUAAAAGUAAAUAAUUUAAUGGAAUGCAAAUGGAAAAAGGAAGCAAACCCUUCAAGGAUCUAUCUAAAAAAAGCCAUACAUCAAAUAAAUGUAUGUUGUUAAAUUGCCUACACAGUUGAAAAAAGAAUCAGAAAUUGUACAUUUUUAAUAUCAGCUCAAACAAUGGUAUCAGAAAAUAAAAUACUAUUUGCUUUAUUGUGCA